AUGGCUGCAGCUCAAGGGGCAGAACCACCGAAAUGCUUUGUCACGUCCAAUGAAUACGCCGAGCUUGCAGACAGAAUCGCUGCGAGCGGAGCUGCGAUCGUGCAAGUUCCCCGGAAACUCAUCACGCGGCUCGAGGGAGCGAUUGAAUGCCGGCGCAAGCACGGCCAAAAGAUUCAGGGAGCGGACCAGGGAUCCGAUCAGCGUCAUCAGCAACUCAUGGCAACGGAACCCGCGGCAGCUCCGGAUGAACGUUUCACUGCUCAAGAGAAGAACCAGUUUGAAGGGUUGGAGGUCCACGAACCCUCCGAAUCAUUCUUGAACGCGCCAGACGCCCCUCGCCCAGCUCCUGAAGUACGUUACGAAGCUGAGCCACCACGCACCCUCGCCGACGCAAAAUUCGCCCUGCGCCUGAUACUCGAGGAUAUAGGGGCCAUGCACCGGUUUGUGGCUGCGCAAUGGGGGUAUUACAGGCGCAAUGCCACUAGAAUUGAGGCUGUCGUCCUUGCAAGUGAGACAGCCGUUAGUCUGGUUUCACAGUUGGUGGCGGAGGCGGAAGAGAUUUUCCAACCCUUUCAUGGUUCGGUCCAUGACCUGUGUGAGGCUAGAUUUCCUGUCGAAGAUGCUUUCAGUCGUGAGCUGCGGUCAGCAAUGAAGGUAAGAAAGGUCUCCAUUCCCCUUCUCGCGGCUGCAACCCUCUUCUACCAAACUCGCUGUGCCAUGGGCGUUGACGUCCACAAAGCGUUUGAUGAACUGCAAGCAGAGAUGGAGAAAAUUAGGAAAGAUGUCGAGCGGGUUAUAGAGUGUCAUUCUGAAGAUAUACAAUGGGUGAUCCUUACGCCACUUCUCUCGGCGCUAAACCAAGUCGAAUGCGAUAUUCUCAGCCAGGAGAGGAAUGACUACGACGGAAUGGAUGGCUUCGAGGGAGAAGAGACUCCGGCCUUCCAAUUGCUGAAGAUCCAUCCUCAGUUUUCCGGUUUAUUGCUCUGCGAGUUCAAGCGCCUGGCACAGAUUAUAAUUUUGGAAUUUGUCAACCAAUCCAUGGCAGUGCUGGGGAUUUGUCAUCUCUACAAUGCAGGGCAGAAAGAGGGCUUACUCGAUGGCAACCUGUGGCCAGACGUGCCGUUGACGAUGAUAUUCCACCCUAAUGUGAUCGGUAGUGGGCAAACCAACACUCGGGAUGAUUUCUACCGGUCAUUCAAGUUUGCCAUUGGUAUGUCCGCCGUUCAGGCCACCUUGAGCGAGCGUUCUAGCCGGAAGACCGGGAGAUUGAGCAAGGCCUACGAGUUUCAACCACAUGCCGAAGUCACCUGCAUGCUUACAGAGCGAUGCACCACCCCGGAGCGACCACGGUGGACUGCCAAGGAAGUUGAACAUAUUCUUAGUGAGUCCCGGUUCUCGGAGAGUGACGGCGGUCUAAUUGAUCACUUCAGUGGCCUGUGUGUUGGCACCCUGGCUAGAGACAAGAAACCCGCCGCUCGCUCUAGUGGUAGGCCAACGAAUACCGAGUUUCUUCAUCUGCUGAGUCGGCAUGUCAAAGCCGAACAGCUCGAGUUCAAGAUACCCUGGCUAACACUCCAUGUAGUCGCAUGGAAGGUUCUUACUCGGUUCCGAGAUGCGUAUAGUGAGGACCUGAAGUUACUGAAAGCACGGUAUUUCCCUUAUGGCAAACUUCACCCGUGCUGUGUUCCGCAUCUUAUUUUCGCGGAUGGGAGCCCUCUUGCACAAGCAGGAAACCGGGAUCGAUUGCAUCCGCUACCCGGAGAGGCCGAAAUCUUGAAGACCCGAGAGAACAAAGGCCAGAUUUCUGAGGACACAUUGCUGGCAAAGCUGAUAACUAUCCUUAAGACCGUUGUGCGCGAAAAGAACUUGGAGGGUAUGAGCGAAUUCGAGGGACAUGUAGGCCUGGGAUCCUUGGACGGGCAAUCUGUGAGGACGAUCCUCCCGCGUUUGAUUUAUCGAGGAGAGUAG